AUCAUCUGUAUCGCCAAUGACCUCUAUGCGCCCGCCCUCAGGCCUCUGCGCCUCGUGGCAGAGGUACAUGUGUUCCAGCCGCCAACCACCAACAGAGUUGUCUCAAGGCUGCGGCACAUAUGUGAGGCGGAAGGGUUUGAGGCGGAUGUGCGGGGACUCACUGCCCUGGCUGCCCAGACAGACGGGGAUAUCAGGGCGUGUCUCAACACCCUGCAGUUCCUGCACCGAGCUAACAGGGCACUGCGAGCGUCGGAGGUGGCAGAGCAGGUGGUGGGGCGCAAAGACACCACCAAGGGGCUCAUGGACGUGUGGAAUGAGGUAUUCUUUCCCACUUCCCUCCGCUCGGUCCCCAAGCCUCUCUCCUCCGCACCACGACCACCAUCAGCAGCAGCAGCAGCAUCACCCUCGCUCCACUCCUCCUCCUCCUCCUCCUCGCCAUCCCAGCCUGCCUCGCACUAUUCUCGCUUCGACUCACUCAUCUCCCAGCAAGGCGGCACGUCCGACACGCUUCUGGAUGGCAUUCACGACAACCUGCUGCACGCUGCUCUCUCCGAUGUAUCCCUGCGCAAGACUUCGUCGUCGUUGCACUGGCUGGUGUGUGCCGACCAGUGGCACCACAGGGCCAUGGCGUCUCAGCAGUUCGCCUUGCUGGCGUUUGAGACAUGUGCCAUGUACGCCAUUCGAGCCACCAUGGGUGCAGCAGACAGACACCCCCUCGAAUGGCCCAAGGCCCAUGCCAGGUACCGCUCACAGCACACGGUGCGCAGGGAGACAGUGGAGGCGUGGCGGGGCGCCAUGCUACCAGCCAUAGCACGCACCUCUCCCCUGCGCUCUCUCGUCCCUGACCUCGUCUCGCCGCUGCUCUCCGUCAUCUCAGCCACCCCCAUCCGCCCUGUGGCAGGGCAGUUAUUGACGCCAUGGGAGAAGGCCGCGCUCGCACAGCUCGUGGCCACCAUGCUCGACUAUGGCCUCUCCUACCGCCAUGCGCACCAGCUUCCCUGGCACCGCCGCACUGGUUUUCCCGGUGGUGCUGCUGGUGGUGGAGUGGAGGGGGGUUUCGGUGGUGGUGAUGCACACUUGACCGGGCCUGUGCUUGAUCCUCCGCUCACGGAGUUUGUUGUGUUUGAUGUGCGUUGCUGUGAUGUGACCAUGGCAGCUGCUCUGGGUGUUGAUACUGAAGGACUUCGACCCCCACCAUACGUCAUGUCAAUAUCUGCAGCAGUGCGCCAACUCAUAGGCCGAGAGAUUGAGCUUGAGCGCAUCCGGCGGGACUCGGUGCGAGUGAAAUCAGCAUCCACUCCCAAUGCUGCUGCUCCUCAGCCCCCUCCAGCUCUUCCUCGUCCUCCUCCUGCUCCUGCUCCAAACCUCCCUCCUACUGCUCCGGCUGUGUCUCAUCAACAACCACAAUCUGCUUCUCUGCCGCAACCUGCCAAUGGUGUCCCACAGAGCAGCAAGGGGAAAGGUACCCAGACUGGUGAUGGUAAGGCCAAGAAGAAUGGAAUCCCUAUGGAAGGUAAAUCUGUGAAGCCGCAGGAUGCAUCAGGCAGCGCUCAGCAAGGAAGCGACGCCAAACCAGCCAAAGUAAAGGAGAUGCAGCGACGACCCUUUCGGGGUUUCACCAGGUAG